UGGAUUUACAACUGUGUCGGUCACUAACCUUUUUGGGGUAAGUACUCACAGCCUUCCCCACUACGCAUUACCCACUUUCAGAGAGCUGAGACAGUCUUGAGUACGACUACUGAGUCUGCCGUACAGACAAUGGCCAAAGUCUCAACUUCAGCACUCUCUCUUCUCCUAUUUGCCAGAAUCUCAGCUCUCACAGUCGCAGUACUUGUCCUCAUUUGGGCUCUACACUUCAAAACUAGCUUCCUCCCUCACUCUCACUCCCAAGAAGACCUCAUCUACGCUGUGCUUCAUCCUUUAUUUAUGGUGAUUGGGUUCAUUCUCAUAAGCGGAGAAGCGAUUUUGGUGCACAGUUGGUUGCCUGGUUCGAGAAAUUUUAAGAAAUCAGUGCACUUGUGUCUUCAAGGUGUGGCUUUGGCAUCUGGGGUUUUUGGGAUAUGGACAAAGUUUCAUGGAGAAGAUGGGAUUGUGGCUAAUUUCUUCAGCUUGCACUCAUGGAUGGGUCUGAUCUGUAUCUCCUUGUUUGGAGCUCAGUGGUUGAUGGGUUUCUUAAGCUUUUGGCACAGAGGGGAGGUGCGAACAGCAAGGGUACGGAUACUACCUUGGCACAUUUUCCUUGGUCUUUACACAUAUGGUUUGGCAGUGGUGACAGCCGAGACAGGCCUUCUUGAGAAAUUGACCUUCUUGCAAUCGAGGGGUAGUGUGUUGAAGCGUGGUACAGAGUCCAUGGUUGUCAACGGUUUAGGACUCGGGUUGGCUCUGCUCAGUGGUGUUGUAAUAUUAGCUGCUAUCUCACCAAAGUACCAAAUGUCACAAACCAAGAUGAUGUAUUCCAACGGCAAGUCCUUGUCUUCUUGAUUUGAAACAUUUCAGUAUAAUUAUCAUUCUUACUUUUUUUUUCCUUUGAUCUGUUGAGAAAAAGUCAAUAAAAACAGAGAUUACGAUAGAUUAUAGGACAGAGGUUACAGGAUUGAAGACAUCGACCUCGAGGCAUCCGUUACUAAGAUAUGUUGUAAGUCUUCAGGGAUCAAGUUCCACCGAUUUGGCUCAAGCUUUGUUCAUCUUUGUUCUUGAGCAAUUUAGUGGCAGAAACUGAUGUUGGGGCAAUAUGAAGAGUGCUGUUUUUCCUUAACUUCAUGUGUUUGUUGGCUCAUGAAAGUAUGAGUUUGUACUGGAGUCUUGCCUGAAGAUUGAAGAAGCAUUUCUGCAGUUGGUUCUUCUAUUGUACAUAUUAAUGUAGUUGAAGGAUCUUGGUGUACAAUUUGACAGUGUGAUUUAUAUGCUUUCCUUUUAGAGAAUAAUGAGCAAUGGGUGGUUCACUUUUCAAGGCAUUACAG